AUGGAAAUUCAACAAACGAGAAUCAAACAAUUGGUCGCCAAACACUUUACUGAAUAUUCAAACAAUGAAAUUUUCCAACAAGUUACCCAGGCUUUCAUCAAAGAGUUCACUGAUGAUUUUCCGAAUUUAGAAAACCUUAUCAAAGUUGUUAGUGAUACACUGAGCUGUGAACAGAUGACUGCAAAAGGUGUCAUUUUGGAGUUAUUAGCAUUGGUUGUCAAAUGCAUUCAUCACAAAAUUUCCUUCAACAAUGAGUUAUUAGCAUUGGUUGUCAAAUGCAUUCAUCACAAAAUUUCCUUCAACAAUGAGGAGUUUACUGAUGAACGAAUCGCUUUCGUGAAGAUUUAUCGAAAAGCAUUGAUGUCUCUCUCAAGAAGCUCGACUUUUCUCUCAUAUAUUGCACAAUUUGAUACUUAUUUUGCUCGUCAUCUCAUCUCAUCGGAUUUCCAAUUUGAAAUGGAGAGCAAAAUCGAGCCCCAAAUCGAGAUCCGAUGGCGAAUGAAAAUGGAUGAUGGAGAAGAGAGAGAAGUGAUGCUUUCACCGGCAAUCAUCAAUAAAAUGGUUGAAGAAACUGGAGCUGCAUUGCAAGCAAUCGAUUCGAUCAAAAGAAGGCAUUAUCUUAAACCG